AUGACAGAAUCUUUGAACAAUCCCCUUUUGAAUGAAGAUUUUAUUGGGAUUUUAUUUUGCUUCGUGAUUAUAAUCCUUGGAACUAAAUUAAUUCGGAUCAUGAUUGUAAAAGUUCUUAGGCAAAAUGCUGUCCAGAAUAAAAUUGUUUUCAAAGGUUUAAUAGUGACUCUAGAAGAUUUAACAGAACAAUUAGAUACAUAG